GAGAUGGGCGUGUGCCGAAGUGGCGGGUGCGGAGGCCGCGUGUUUACCUUCGUCAGCUGCGAGGGAGGCGAAGGAAUUUGUCCAGAUACCAUAGUGUGACAUUGAUUUCUGGACUCUUUUGAUAAUUUCAUUUAUCCUGAGCUGGAAGGUGCAUUAUUUCAAUCAGUGGUAAGCUGCAACACUGACUAGCAAAGGAAGAAUGCAAGACUAAGUGAAGCACAUAAUGAGGGAAACAGGACAUGAUGUGUGACGUGUGAGCCUUUGUAGGUCACUGCCAACGCUUGAUUCUUACUAGUUAUUACAAGCACUUCAGAACUGCAAGAUGUCAGGAGUGGGUGCCGUGAGCAGCUUCCAAAAGAGGGGGAAGGCACGGGUGGUGAGCAUCCCUGGGGCACGACCCUCAGUGCACAACUCCCAGUUGCUGCUGUCCACUGGCAUGCCCUCCCUGGAUCAUCUUCUGGGGGGUGGCCUCCCUGUGGGUUCCAUCCUGCUGUUGGAGCAAGACCGCCAUGAUGUGUACAGCAAGCUGUUCCUGAAGUACUACCUGGCUGAGGGCGUGAUGAGUGGCCACAUGCUGACCCUGGCCAGCCUGGACGAGUCACCCCAGACCCUGAUGGCCACUCUGCCCGCCUCCACUGACAGGGAUGCGGACGAGGACUCCACCACAGGCACAGACAGGCAGAUGACCAUUGCCUGGAGGUACCAGAACCAGAGUGCGCCGCCUGCCGGCCUCUCCAGUAACCGGUUCAGUCACAGCUUUGACCUCACUGGAACCAUGGAGGAGGAUCAGGUGGCCAAGGUCGACACAUGUCUGUUUGAUGGCAGCGAGGUGGAGUCUCCAGCAUCCACUGGAUACUACUGGCCACUGCUGCAGCAUAUUGAGAGGCGGAUAACAGAGGGGGGCCUCUCCACAGCGUGUAACAAGGCCAAGACUAACGUGAUGCGACUGGCGGUGCACUCCCUUGCCUCGCCACUCUGGGGGUGGGAAUUCAGUCGUCAGGAGAAGGACCACCAGUGGCACAGACUCACCACGUUCUUCUAUGGUCUUCGUGCUCUGGUGCGUUCCUCGUUCUGUGUGUGUUUGGUGACCGUCCCCUCCCAUCUCUUCCACGACACGGCCCUCAUCCGUCGCUUGCAGUCUCUGGCAGACUUUGUGGUGCGGCUGGAGUCCUUUCAAGGCUCAGACAAGGAGACCAACCCAAUCUUCAAAGAUUACCAUGGUCUGUUCCAUGUGGUGAAGCUGGCAGCCAUCAACACUCUGGUGCCUCCCCAGCUGGACGCCACAGACUGGGUGUUCAAGCUGAGGAGGCGCAGGAUGGUCAUCGAGAGGCUCCACCUGCCACCAGAACUGUCUGAGACUGUGAGCAGAAGCCAAGAAGACCCCCUCACCAAACCCAGGGGUAUGGCAUGUAUGGGAGAGAAAUUGCCCAGGAAUUUGGAGUUUUAAGUUCAUGUGUGUGCAUCUCAGUUAUGAGCAGGGAAGCUAUGUGACUGGUGGAGUGUGUGCCAGGCUUGACUGAACCAAACAGUUGGCAGUCAAGUGUUCAUUGUGCAUCAUUGACUGACAAGUGAAUUUAAUGCUUGGGGAAGGUAAAGUGAAAUGUGUUACCAGAAAAGCUGGAACUGAAUUGGAAAUUGUGUAAAUCUUUAUCUUUUACAUUUUGAAAGAGCAUCUAAGUCACUUUUCUCCUCUCUUUGUGGUUUUGGCUGGAUUCUUUCAUCUACUUGUAUAAGAAAAGUUAUCCCUGUGUUCUAGGGCAAGACCACUUGCUGUGGACUAAGAGAACAAGGAGACAGGUGACAAGCAUAAUGAGAUGCAGCAUUGUGUGCUCUCUCUCUCUGCCCUGAGUAUUUACCAGUGUCCUCAUUCCAGCACAAGUGUAGCAUUACUUAGUGAAAUUAUUCCCCCUGUUGCUGACAUCCCAAGAUCCAUGGCUCACAGUAUCUGAAAGACAGUUUUCUCUAACUUCUAUAUAAAAGACUGACACUUCCCUUGAAAAGGAUUGACAAUGAAACUAUUUCUAUUAAAACUUUUGAUAAUGAUAAGAAUUGCAUUUAUCUUGACUUCACAGAGGUACAUAAAUAUCUGGCUGACAUGUCCUUAGUGGGGCAGGUACUAGAGACAAGGGGCAUGAAGGACUGAAUGACCCUUGCUUAGGUCUUGUGUCACUACAGGAACAGACACUCAGAGGCAGGCUUCCUAUCCCCAUUAGUGGUCCUCUUUGAGUAGUCUUACUAUAUGCAGGGAAUAUUGGCACAGGUUGUUCCCCAGACAUCUACCAUACAAUUAAGCAAAUUACAGUACUUGCCUUCACAUUCUUAAAUGUCUGUUUCCUAUCAGGACUAGCUUUAACAUUCUUUAUCAGAAGUUUUAUGGGUUUUCAAAAUUGUUUUCAUGGUUCCAAUGAUUGUGUAAUGAUGAUUCUGCUUCAUCACCCAUGAGAAUCUGUACAGUGCCCUCUCUAACCUUUCAGAAGUGUCCUUAUACAGACCAAAGUGUUCAAGAAUGUGGGACUUUGUGCUGAUAUUAAAUACUCUUAGUGCA